UUUUAACAUUGACCGUAAACCCCAAUUACUGGUUUUGAAGUCGUUUCUUGAAAUUACAAACAGCUCCUUUGUUCAUUCCCGCAGAUCAACUGGCGAAAGGGAGGAAGUCGUGUCUCAAUCACGAUUAUCAGGUACGCAGCUGGCCUAUAAAUAGGCGUCGUUUGUUUUGAUGCCUCAGAAGUGACUUGUUUUCCAAGAGUGCCGGAAGCCAAGGGCUAGAGUGAAAUGAAUCGUAUCGUAAUCUCUGGUCUCGUCUUAAUUUUGGUGGCGGUUGUUAACUGCUAUCCUCAAUUCGACAACGGAAACCGAUUUGAAGCGCCUUGGCAAAACCCAUGGACGCGACCGCAGCAAUCGGGUCAGCCUCCAACAUCUCCGGUCGGAUCAGGCAGCCCCACGACCACCACUGCUCGACCAACCACGCAGUCUCCGCGGUACUAUGCUUGCCUGCAGUCCUGUCCGGCAACAAGCGAGUACAAUCCCAUCUGUGGAAGUGAUAACGUAAUCUACUACAAUGAAAACAAAUUCAACUGCGCCUUGACCUGUGGCUUAAGUAUUCGUCAGCUUUAUAGAGGAGUUUGUCAGACUUAGGCUUAUUUUGGGGUUAUUAUAGCAAUCUAGCUUUUUUCUACGUGUGAAUUACUGAAUCGAUCGGUGACAUCAGCGAAUAAAAACAAAAACAAACCCCA